UAUAAAGUUAUCAUUUUUUCCAUGGAUAGGCAGUUAUAUGGGCCAUUGGCUUGACAACCUGUGAGCCAGAAAGAAAGCCUCUUUGGGCAGCGUCUUACUGCGUUUCACGUGUUUGGGAUGGAAUAGCUUGAUGUACUUUAGCUCUUGAUAUUAGCGGUGAGGUGAGGGGCAAGCACGCAUUCACACUCACGAGUAAGGGUUUGUCUGGGAAUAGAAAUAUUGCACUAAUUGCGCAAUAUUAUUGAUUCAAAUGAAUUCAAAUGGAUUAUUUACAUUCUAGUUAUGAGCAUAAGGGUAAAAUAAGAAAGAUAUUGGCAAAAAUCUCACACCAACGUGAAUUAAUUCAGCUCGCGAGGCUGUCAGUGGUAUGAUCCCCCCAGUCACAAUUUCCACGCCAAACCUCCGACUCUUUCAUAUCGAUAAAUAGCGACCCCGCCACCACCUUCAAAUGAGAAAUAAAUAAUAUUCACAAACACAAACAUCUCACAGUUGGAUUCACCUGAUCCAGGCACCCUCAGUUCAAUAUGUCUUCGUCAUUCUUCAUCGAGAACAAGGACGUCGGUAACAGAGCGGGCACAGAAGAUUGGCGCAUCCGCGGCUACAACCCCCUCACCCCCCCCGGCCUCCUCCAACACGAAAUCCCCCAAACGCCCGAGUCCAAAGAGACCGUCAUCUCCGGCCGCGACGAGUCCGUCGCCAUCGUUUCCGGCACCGACGCCCAACACCGCCUCCUCGUCAUCAUCGGCCCAUGCUCGAUCCACGACCCCGCCGCGGCGCUGGAAUACUGCGACAAGCUGCUCGCGCUGAAGGAGAAAUACAAGGAUGAGCUGCUCAUCGUCAUGCGCUCUUACCUCGAGAAGCCGCGCACGACUGUGGGCUGGAAGGGUCUGAUCAACGACCCGGAUAUUGAUAACAGCUUCCAGAUCAACAAGGGAUUGAGGAUUUCGAGACAGUUGUUCGUGGAUCUCACGACCAGGGGUAUGCCGCUCGCCAGCGAGAUGUUAGAUACCAUCUCCCCGCAGUUCUUCUCGGAUCUGCUCAGUGUCGGCGCCGUCGGGGCCAGGACGACUGAAUCGCAACUCCACAGAGAGCUGGCGAGUGGCCUGUCCUUCCCUGUUGGUUUCAAGAACGGUACAGAUGGCUCGUUGGGCGUUGCUAUCGACGCCAUUGGUGCUGUCAGACACCCACAUCACUUCUUGUCUGUUACAAAGCCGGGUGUCGUUGCUAUUGUCGGCACGGUUGGCAAUGAGGACUGCUUCGUUGUUCUGCGCGGUGGCACCAAGGGAACAAACUUCGAUGCGAAGAGUGUUGCUGAGGCUAAGGCUGCCCUGCAGAAGUCGGGCGUGAGGGAGAGAUUGAUGGUUGAUUGCAGCCACGGCAACUCUCAAAAGGACCACCGUAACCAGCCAAAGGUUGCGGCGGUGCUGGCUGAGCAGAUUGCCAAGGGUGAGACGGCUAUCAUGGGUGUUAUGAUUGAGAGCAAUAUCAAUGAGGGCAACCAGAAGGUUCCAAAGGAGGGCGGGGCAGGACUGAAAUACGGUGUGAGUAUCACUGAUGCUUGCAUUGGGUGGUACGACACAGAGUGCGUUCUCGCAACGCUGGCAGAAGCUUGCAAGAAGAGACGUGAUAUUAUCAACCAGGCAAAGGCAACUGGGGGCAACUAGACGCGGCGUCACAAAAAUUAAAGUUGAUUUAACGUGGAGUUUAGAUAGAGAGCAUAUAUUUGGUAUAAAAUGAGGGA